GGGUCGAGUGUGUGCUAAUAUUAUCUGGCUGGCUGAUACAUGGAGGUGGAUCAGUCAAACCUUUUCAAACAAGCUAAUGCCGAGUUUCAUAAGCAACAUUUUAAAGACGCAGAGCGACUGUACACGCAAUUCAUCAAGUCUUGUGAGCACGGCAGGAACCGUUGUGUGGAAGAUCUCGCUGUGGCUUUUAACAACCGCGGACAGAUAAAAUACCUAAAAGUGGAUUUCUACGAAGCCAUGGAAGAUUAUUCUGCAGCUAUUCAAACGAAAAACAGUUUCGAAGUGCCAUAUUACAACAGAGGAUUGAUACGGUACAGGCUAGGGUUUUUUGAAGAUGCAGAGACAGACUUCAAGAAAGCACUGGAGCUGAAUCCUAGUUUCAAAGAUGCUGAACUCAGCUUGAAACAGACUUUAAUAGACAAAGAACAAAAGUUAAAAAGAGGAUAUUAAAGGGUGUAUUAUAAAACACUUGAUUUUACCAAUUUAUCACUGAUGUCCCUUGAUCACAUCUGGGAGAGGAGAAACAAACGCUCAGUAUUGCAGUUUCUAGAUGUACAAAACAUGAUAAUACAAUACACCAUUCCCAUAAUCCAAAAGAGAACAAUUUUAUUUAAUCCCUUUAAAGAAAAAAAAACAAUAAUGUGUGUUACGAUGUUGCAAAAUACAACAUCUUUGUUAAAUAGAUCAUAGAGGUGGCCCACUAUGUGAAGCAAGUUUAUAUUGCAAUUCUUUCUUUAGGGAAAAAGAGAAUGCACCAAAACGUUUGAUCUGUGCUUUUCUUCAAUACAAUUUAGUCCAAGAGUUAUUUGAAAAAAUCCUUGGUGCUCAUGGUUAGUCUUUGAAAUACGCCACUAAAGAGAGGGAACCUACAAGAAAUUCUGAAUGUAUCCUAAAAUCAUAUAAUUGGUAGAACGUAACACAGAUGGAGGCCAAUUAUGAUUUCAAAGGCCAUGGGUUGAGCUGACUGCCGAUUGCUAUUAAAAGGGGAUUAUUACAAUAGUC